UCAGGACUUUACCUGGUCUGGGAAUCACAAUGUAAAGAAAGAGAAACCAAGACCAGCUCCACCGACAGUUUUUAUGAGUGCAGCGCUGAAGCGACGCCCCGCCUGAGAAGAACAAACACAGGUGGAUACAGAGUGACAGGAGACACAGGUGAGCUGACAUAUGAACAGGUAAACAGGACUAAUCAACCACUCUGCAGUACAGGAUAACACACACAGGAAGGAGACGGGUGACUUUUCUCAGGCGGUUCUGGCCCAGAGGACAUCAGCAAAGAUGACUUCUCCAUUUGCCCCGGUUCCAAAGCCUCGUGCCCGCUUGACGAGGGGCAGUCAGAGCUCCAUCUCCUCUCUGGAUAGAUACUCCAGCUCUGAAAGCAUGGCUCCAGAUGGACUUCACCUGAACACAGGUAAUCUUCCUGCCUCCUCUGGCCUGAACCAUGAAGUCCUACCCUCUUUGACCGGCAUGGCUGACAUCACUGCCAACAGUGUCCCAUCCCUACCAGCGGUUGCCAGUCCCAUCCCAACCCCUUCAUCCCCUUCAGCUCCUUCAACCCCUUCAGCCCCUCCACCCAUAGGCUUCUUGGCCAACAUCAUCUCCACACAGAUACCUGUAUUAGCAAGUGACGCCAAGGCAGUGGCAACUCCCUCUGCAGCUGCCAUUAGCUCUGCUCCUUCUACACCUGCACCUGAUGCUGCCAAAGGGGCUGCAGACCUGGAAAGCAUUGUUAGCUCGCUGGCUAACAUACCUGGUUUUGCAGGGAUUGUUGGUAAUGUUGUUAAUCCAGGGGUUAGCUCUUAUCCAUCAGCCCCACCGCUUGUUUCUGAUGAAAGUAGAUCACCUUCUUUGAAAAGACCCAACGACAAUCACACAGAUGUUGGAGCACUUUCACCGCUGGUGAUCUCAUCUCUUGAUCCAAACAAUGGAGUGAAGUUACCACCUAUAGAGAGCCCUGCUGAAACCAGGGAUGCAGCUAAAGGAGAAAAUCCGUACGUCACAGUGCUGUCCAGCUGGACCAACCAGGAUGAUGGAGACACAGAGUCAUCCAAUGAAGAGGAGGCUCCAGCAGGAAGCCCCUCCCCCUUUGACACUGAGGGACCAGUUGCAACAGGUUCUGACCCAACAGCCGAUAACAGAUUGUCAGCCACUCAUGCACCUUUGAUCCCGACCCGACCAGUACCUCCUCGGCCCACUGAGACAGCAGGACAGACUGCAAAGCAAAAGGUCCCGAGGAAAGCCACCAUACGUGUUUCUAGGAAAAAGGGAGGACGCAGUCCUCCAGCACCUCAAAGCACCAUGGUUCGAAACAGCUGGCUGGAUGUCUGGAAAGGUUUCAGACAUAACGUCUACUGGGUGACCAUGGACGGACAGCUCAUGUCUAUGUGGAAGAAGCGCUCUGAUCGGUUCAGUGAGGUUCUGUUCCAUGUCUCCAGUAUCACUAAUGUGAAAAACUUGGACAAAGGUAGAUUCUCUGUGUACUUCAAGAGGAAACAUUACGACUUCUUGGCUCACAAUGAUGAUGUUCAGGAAGGAUGGGUCACAUCUCUGCAGGCAACUCGAGGGUUGCCAAGCCCCACCCCUCCAGAGGUGCAUGGACAAAUCACCAUCAAGGAAUCACGGAGUCGUGUAUAUGCUGCUGUCUUUGGACAUGAAAUGUGGAUAUAUCCUAACAAGGACAGCUUCCAGUUGGGAAUUGCCUCCUACAUUGUGCCCCUGAAUGUAGCAAGUGUCAUGCCCACAGGAAAACAUUCAUUCGCUCUCACCAUUCCACACAAGACAUUCAACUUGACGGUUGAUUCGUCAAAGGACCAGACCACCUGGCUCAACUGCCUAAACAAAGUCAUCUCCAAUGCCCAAGCUUGCAGCCAGGUGGCACUGCGUCUUAGAGAAAACCCCUUCAACAAGGUGUGCGGUGACUGCGGUGAAGCCAAUCCAAACUGGGCAUCAGUCAAUCUUCUGCUGAGCCUCUGCAAGAGCUGUGCAGAUCACCAUAAAAACCUGAGUAACAACCUAUCCAAGGUGCGCAGUAUGUGGUUAGACACCAAGAUCUGGACUGAACCAGUCAUUCAGCUGUUUGUCACCUAUGGGAACAAGCUGGCUAAUCAGGUGUGGGCUCCAGCUGUGCCUGCUGCCGAGCAGCUGCACCCCAAAUCUACAGAUGCAGAGAGGUCAAAAUUCAUACAGGACAAGUACAGCAGGGGGCGCUACAGACGAGUCCACCCCCUGUCGUCCAGCCGCUCCAUGAUGGAACAGCGGCUGUGUCAGGUGGUCUGCACCAGUGACCUGGAGGAAACCAUGUCUCUGAUCUGCUCAGGAGCAAAGGUGUGUCCUUCUGACCCGCAAAGCCCCUCCCCCAUCGUUCUGGCUGAAAAAGCCAAUCAGGCAUUACAGAUGGAGCUUCUGCGUCUAAACGAAUACACAGAGGUCCCACCUCACAGGCCCCAGGCAGCCCACGGGAGACUAGACUCCACUCCAACAGGUGAAGAGGAGGAGGAGCUUCAUGGCAAACUGGAGGAAGAUCGUUUCCUCUUCUCACUGGAGAACAAUUCUGCAGCUUGUGAUGUUCUGGACCUGCGGGAGGUUCUGUCUGUCUUCCUCAGUAUUGGGUCCAAACACAGCUUUGAGCUGGUGACACUGGAUGAUCAGCUGACCUGUGAUACAAACAGCAGAGAUGAGAUGCUGGAACACCUGGUUUACAUUCUGAAGGUGAUUCUUCCAGCAGGUGUAUCUUAUGCUGAGGUGUGCAGUGGUAUCGCUGUUUGUAAAGUCUGUGUGGUUGGAGAGGGUGGAGCUUCAAACCCCUCAGAUGCCUGGUUGUUGCUGUGGGAGGAUGGGAUCAGCAUUCACCCCGUCAACAAACAGGCACAGCCAGCUCUGAUGAUGGAACUAAGCAUGCUAAAUGUCCCUGUGGGGGAUCCAUCUGAUAACAUUAUAACCAUGGAAACCUCGGAGAGGAGUGUGUCACUGCGCUUCGAGGAGUCCUACAGCUGUCAGACGUGGUUCAGCUACCUCCAGAAAGCUCUGGCAAACAGCAGUACAGUCCAAACCAAUCCAAGCUCUACGGGGCUUAAAAGAGGUUUUCGAGGUUCUGUAUCCCCGGCCAUUGAGCGCUGCAUCUCCCACAUCACAACAUAUGGUCUGAAGGUGGAGGGUGUGUACCGCCGUUGUGGCCUCGCCACCAAGGUUAACAAGUUGGUUGAGACACUAAAGACAUCACCAAAUUCCGCCCCCCUUGAAAGUGAUGAGCAGGGUGUGCUGGACACUUGCUCCGCCCUCAAACAGUACAUCCGGGACCAGGAGAGUAUUGUCCCCACCUCGCAGAAGCAGAGCUGGCUGCAAGCCGCAGCCAAUCCAGAUGAGCGCUUACGGUUCAAGGAGUACAGACGCUUACUACGACAACUGCCCGACAACAGCAGAGCUACACUCAAUGCACUGUUUGGACACUUCUACAUGGUACAGGUCUUCUCUCAGGUCAACAAAAUGUCUGCUCACAACCUGGCCGUGGUUCUGGUUCCAUCUCUGUUUCAGAUGAUGAAUCAGGACAUGAUUCAGCUCUCUAGGGAGUUCAUCAUCCACCACACGCUGCUCUUCCUGACUCCAGAGAAGCAGCAGUCUGAGGAGGAGGCGGAAGAGGAGAUCACUUUCCUUUGAUGAAGUUGAAGGAGUUCCUGAUCUCCAGACCAAACAGACUGUAUCAGAUUCACCACAGGAAGGCUUUGGUUCUCUGGGUUUGCUUUGACCCAGACUGAUACCACUGACACUCUGCCGUAUGGUGCCUCCUGCUGGCCCUGUGUGUCUGCUUUUAUUUUAGGAUUUGUUUAAUUGGACAGACACAGACUUUUUGUGGUUUUUGUGUAUUCUGGUUUGGGAUCAGCAGAACUGAUUCUGUUUUAUCUGACUGCCUGUGACCUCUUCACUGCUUUCACUUCAUCAUCAGCACUUGCACAGAACUGGAGCUCAAGAAAGUUCUUCAUGAUAUAUCCUGACUGAGAUAUCCUGAUGAGAUAUCCUAACUGUCUUUUUAUAAGAACCCACAGGGAUCCUUUACUUAACCAAGAACCUCAUUUAGUUCCUUUGAGUUCCUUUUGUUUAAGAAUAUGAAGUUUUACAGCUGGUGUAGCCUAAUAAGUUGUAAUAAAAACAGACUUGUUCUA